AUGAUUCAAUCGAUACAGAAAGCAGCGAACGAAGCUUCGGCCAUGGCAUCGACAGAGCUGACUCGUGCUCGGAGCACGCAGAAAGUGAACGGACGCAAGGGCUCCAACAGAUCGAGCAGAGUGAGCUAUGGCAAGACGACGGAGCUCCAACCGAACUCUAGUUCGAGCAAGGAAACGAGCCGAAGCUCUCUUCCUGGCCGCAUGUCUAGGGAGAAUAUCGUUCGCAUGGACGACGCGCAGUAUCAGGGUGAAGUGAUCGAUGGGAAGGCACACGGGCAGUGGGAAAACGACCUGAUGCACGGGCAAGGGAGUUACAUGUGGAACGAUGCGAUCGAGGUUGGGGGAGGGAUGAAGAAACUUGUUCUGAAGGCUUCUUGCAAGGACAUGAGGUGUCAAACCCCCGGCAGGGAGAGAGGGAUCUUGAGCGUAGACUCUUUUCAAGCAAGUGCGAGAGGCUCGCCUUCAGCGAAGCGCUGCUCGAUCCACGGGACGCGGUAUCAGGGAGAGUUUGAGCGGGGAGUGAAGAACGGAUAUGGGACCCUGUCGAUGCAAGAUGGCAGCAAGUACGAGGGGAUGUGGCAGAACAAUCGGUUUCAGGGCAAGGCAAGUCGUUCUUUCUCGGAGGGGCGCUUUGCGCUGCGAUGA